AUGGCCCCAUCAGCUACGAAUGGCGAUCAUGUUGCGGCACUCGAUGAAAUCAAAGCUCCGCCGGGUGUUGUCCUGCCUCCCAAGGAAAUCAAAGCUAUUCUCGAAAAGACAGCAGGCUACGUAGCGCGGAAUGGAGGAGUCUUCGAAGGCAUGUCUUUUGCUUCUGUUUUAGUGAGAACAAUUCAGCUAACAACCAUAGACCGCAUUCGCGAAAAGGAAAAGCACAACCCGAAAUUCUCCUUCCUCAGCAACAACGAUGCCUACAACGCAUUUUACCAAUGGCGACUCAGCGAGAUAAAGGCCGGACGAACGACUGCUGUUGCAGCUGGACGAGCUGGAGAGGCACCUGCUGAGGCAGAGAAGCCCAAAGGACCCCCUCAACCACCAGAUUUCCACUUCUCAGCACGGAUGCCAAAUAUCAACGCGCAAGAUUUAGAGGUUGUGAGAUUGAUGGCAUUGUUCGUGGCGAAGAAUGGACGGCAGUUUAUGACGACUAUCUCGCAGAGAGAAGCCGGAAACUAUCAAUUCGAUUUCUUGCGCCCACAGCACAGUCUACACAACUUCUUCCAAAAACUGAUCGAUCAAUAUACUGCAUUACUACGAGCUGGAGGCAUCGAUGGCGAGGGUGGGAAGCUACAGCAGGAGAGGAUCAAGGAGCUACAAGCGAACGUAAACGACAAGUUUAACGUCCUAGGCCGGGCGAAACAGCGCGCAGAAUGGUUCAAGUUCCAAGAUGAGGAGAAGGCUAAGAAGGAGGAGGAGAUUGAGAAUGAGAAGAUGUCAUUGACUGGCACGAUUUCGUCGUCGUCGAAACCGUCGAGUUCACCGAAGCAGACGAGCAACAGAACCUACCACCACCAACCUCGCUCUCAGAUCACAACAUGCGCAUCGAAGAAGCCUUCCCCGGCGAAGACACCGACUACUACAACAAUGCCGCCCCCCCCCUCGCAGCCCACACAAAUGGGUCCUCCGCCCAUCCCCUCGCCGCAGCCGCAAUACCAACAAGACGUCCGUAUGCAGAACACCGACGACGACGAUGACGAGGAAAAACAACGGAUCCGCGAACGUACGGAAGCAACACAGCGCGCUCAGCAAGCCAGGGCAGAUGCAAAGACCGGGUCGACGCAAAUGAAGAUCAAGGAGAACUACGAGCCUAGAGCGGCAUUGAGGGCUAGGAACAAGCAGAAUAUGGUCAUCUGCCCGAACUGUAGGCAGCAGAUGCCGGUUAAUGAGUUGGAUGAGCACAUGCGAAUCGAGCUCCUAGACCCCCGCUGGAAGGAGCAAAAAGCCAAAGCCGACUCGCGCUACAGCACGACCAACCUCUCUACGCAAGACGUAGCCAACAACCUCAAGCGGCUAGCAUCGCAGCGCAGCGACUUGUUCGACGGCGUAACCGGUCAGCCCGUUUCGGAGGAGGAACAGGCGCGGCGGAAGAGGGCUGAGAAGAGCUAUGACGGGACGCCCGUGGAGAAGGGGGAUCAGAGGCUGAAUAUGAUGCAGAAUGUUAAUGUGGAGGAGCAGAUUCGGGCUAUCCAUCAGAAGUUUGGGGAUAAGAAGUAG